AUGACGCCCCUCGACUACGAUCUCUUCCGCAAGGUCCAGACGCUGAUGGGCGUCACCCCCGACUUUUUCGAGCUCUGCCUCAUGGUCGACGCCGACACCAAGGUGUACCCCGACUCGCUGACGCACCUCGUGCACUGCAUGGCGAACGACAGCCGGGUCAUGGGCGUGUGCGGCGAGACGCGUAUCGCGAACAAGCGGCAGUCGUGGGUCACGGCGAUUCAGGUGUUCGAGUACUACAUUUCGCAUCACCACAUCAAGGCAUUCGAAUCGGUAUUCGGAGGUGUGACGUGUUUGCCAGGCUGUUUCUCCAUGUACCGCAUCAAGGCGCGCAAGGACGACGACGACGACUGGGUCCCGAUCCUGGUCAAGCCGGAAAUCGUGCGCGAGUACAGCCAGUCGGACGUCGUGACGCUGCACCAGAAGAACCUGCUCCUCCUCGGUGAGGACCGUUUCCUGUCGACCAUCAUGCUGCGAACGUUCCCGCACCGCCGCAACGUCUUCCUCCCGCAAGCCCGUUGCCGCACCAUCGCGCCCGACGAGUUCAAGGUCCUUCUGUCCCAGCGCCGUCGCUGGAUCAACUCCACGAUCCACAACCUCAUGGAGCUGGUCCUCGUGCGCGACCUCUGCGGCACGUUCUGCUUCUCGAUGCAGUUUGUCGUGUUCAUGGACCUGGUCGGAACGAUCGUCCUGCCCAUCGCCAUUUGUCUCACGGGCGCGCUCAUCAUCAACUCGAUCAUCAAGCCGCCGACCGACUUUGUCGAGGCGAUCCCGCUCAUGCUGCUCGCGUGCAUUCUCGGUCUCCCGGCCGUGCUCAUCACGCUGACGACGCGCAAGAUGAUCUACGUGGCCUGGAUGCUGGUCUAUCUCUGCGCGCUGCCCGUGUGGAACUUUGUGCUCCCCGUGUACUCGUUCUGGCACUUUGACGACUUCUCCUGGGGAGAGACGCGAAAGGUCGAGGGCGAGGUCGUCGACAAGGCUGGCCACGGCGGUGACAAGGCGAUCUUUGACGGCACCACGAUCCCGCUACGACGAUGGGAGGAUUGGGAGCGCAGCCGCCUGCGCAAGCUUCGCCGCGAGGAGAAGCGCAGAAAGCAGAUGGAGCGCGCGCACGGCCAGGGCUUCUACAACGACGACCCGGACGCGCUCACCAUCCCGCGCAACGUCUCUCGGGCCGCGCUUUCCGACGACUCGGGCUCAAUCAUGUCAUCCGAGGAAGACGUCUGGGGCGCCGAGAUUGGCGGAUACAACGAGAACCACCCCGCCUACCCCCCGCCGCCGAUGGCGCUUGCGCCGAACGCCGUCGCCGCUCGCCCCGGCACGCAAGUGUUGGGCAUGGACGAGAUGGCGGCCCUGCUGGACCAAGGCUUCGACGAGCCGCCAGCGGCCGCAUGGCGUCCAGAGCGCAACGAGUCGAGCCCGUUACACCGCCAUCCGGCCCAGCCGACCGACUACACGCGCACGCCGAAGGCUUCACCGCCAAACGAGUACAGCCCGCUGUCGCCGCGCAGCUCGGGCGGUGGCUCGCCGAUGCCUUCUGCGUCGGCAAGCAUGGGCGUGCAGUUGCAGGACCACGGAGCGACUUCUACCAGUGUCGAAAGUGGGCAACACCAGGGGCAGCACGCACGGCAGCGAUCGAAGACGUACGGUCCCCUGGGGCCGCUGGAUGAUUAUGGUGGGCGAUAA